AAAGGUCAGGAUAACCGGCUUAAAUCCACUCCUGGCGCUUUCUCAAAGUGCGAGUAAUUCGUUUAACUUGCGUACAUAACCUGUGUAACUUAUUUUGAGCUGUUUAAUACACAGCUUCAAAUCCAUUUACUCUGGAACCGAAUCGGGGUUCGGUAUUUUAAUGAAGACACCGAUCCUCACUCCGCCAUCGGUGGAGACGUGUUCCCGUCGUCCGGUGCUCUGUCCUUCACGCCGCACUGACCCUGUUUACUGCCCAAAUAGUUUCUCCGUUACAUCACUCAGCCAAAAAGCUUUGUGAAAGGGAUCCUGCGGAUGAUUUUCAGUGAAAAGAAAAUUAAAGGACGGGCUUCAAUUUCACUUUCUCUUCUCCAACACCAAUGUCUUCUUCCAGACAACAGGAUCGGUUGCAAUGACGUCACACAGCUAUGAUGUGAAUAAUGUCGAUACAUCUCAGUAGUCCAGCAUUUUGUGUAAAUACCAACUUCUCUUGUAUCCAUACUGAUUCACUCCAGAAUUGUUGAACAGUCUUCAGAAGCAUUGGACAUGCCUCAGCCUGGAAAUGGGAUGGAACCUGCUUUUGGAGACUCCUACAGGAUUUCCCAGACUUUUAUUAGUUCUGACCAAACAGCCUCUCAGUCAAGCUGCCGAGCUGAUCUUGAUAUUUAUGAGCAGCUGGACUCAACAGCCAACAGUAAGGGUGUAGUUCUAAUGCUAGGCUCUUGUGGGACUCCACCAAAAGGACCAAUCGAGUUGCUGAGUGACCUUGUUGAUGAUGAUGUCAGGGAAGACCAUCUGUCAGAGCGCUGGGACAUCUCUGCCCUGGAAGAUAUUACUCGUUAUGCCAAAGGAGGAGUGGAGAAAGAGUUUGGAAGCUCUGAGGGGGCACUAGUUUAUCAUGAGGCCCCUCAGCAUCAAGGAACCCCAGCACUAAAUGUGACACAUGAUAGCUCUAGUGGUCAAGACACCACAGCUUGCUUAGAAUCCAUGAGAGAGGAGGAGGAUGAACAUGGUAGCAGGAUGAAACUGGAGAAGCAGGCAAAACUGCCAAAGGUACUAACCAACUCAUGGAAGUGUUUGAAAGCUGAGCAGACUCUCACGUCCAAAAGUGACAAUCUAAUGAGUACAAACAUUGAGGUCAAUGUGGCUUGCAUGAAGAGGCCAAGAAAAAGAAGUAAAGAGACCUGCUCGUCUUUAUACAACCAGAAAUCCUUAGAUGCAGUUUUGGAGCUCACCAACGAAGAGCACAAUUACUCGAUGCAGGCUUAUGCAGAGUCAAGUCACAGUGAGGAUUCAGACAGCGAACGCACCGUCAGUGAAGUGGAAGAAGAAGAAGAAGAAGAAGAGGACAUGAAAUUGGCAGACCAGGAAAUAAAUGAAUCCAGUUCAUUUGAUGAGUCGGAUUUGGAGCCAGGAGAGCAGCCCUUGGAACAGACUCAGAAGAGGAAAUGCUUCUGGGAGUACAGUUACGGAUAUGAGUCAACAAGCAAAAAAGGCCGAAGUGAUUCUGCUGGAGCCUGGAAUGCCAGCACGCUGCCAAGCAAUCUGUACCAGCGACUGAACACCUUGUCCACAGGCAAGAAUGGUGCGCAGAAGGUUCGUCGAACAGAUGCCAGUGACUUGACUCCUAAUCCUCGAAAACUGCUGAACAUUGGAGAACAAUUGCACAAACUCCACCAAGCCAUUGACGACAUGCAGCCUGUUGGCCAUCUACCUGUUACUGCUAGGGCCCGCUCCCGAAAGGAGAAAAACAAACUGGCUUCCAGGGCUUGUCGUCUGAAAAAGAAGGCACAGCAUGAAGCAAACAAAAUCAAGUUGUGGGGUCUUAACCAGGAACACGACAACCUGUUGGGGGCACUAUUGCAGAUUAAAGAAGUUAUCAGAAGUAGUGUGGAAAACAGGGAAGGAACAACACAACUGGGGAUGACUGAGCAGCUUGAAUGUCUUCUGAAAGAAAUGACUGGGCCACAGGUGGCAGGUCAGACCAAAGAGUUUGUGCAAAAGAUACUUGAGAAGACGGCAACAGGAGAAGCACAAGAGAGCCUGGGCCAGAGCUGAAGGGUCCACACUACUGGCUGUGGAUUUUAAGCCUUUUUUUGUUGGGAGACCCUGCAGCACCACCAACACUCACUCUUCACCUUCUUUGUCUGUCUUGUUUAAGCGAGAUGGAUUUAACAGGAUAAAUGAAUGAGUGAAUUUCACCAGGAAUGAAUCAUCUGAAAUGAGAUUAAAGGCAAAAUAUUCCAAUCUUUUUAUAUGCUAAUGAAGAAUUAAUUUCUGAUCACCUGUUUGCAGGCAUCUUGCUUUUUGCACUUGUUUGUAGGUUCUAUUGAGAGGUUCAUAGAUCAUUUUACUGUCUGCCGUAUAGAGAAUCUGAAAUGUCACAUGCAAAUCACUUGUGUUCCAAAAUGAAGUCAGACAUAAUUAUUUUCUUAUUCCUUAGUAAGUGUGGUAAGCAUUUAUUUACCUUCCCGAAAACGUACAGGUAAUAAUUAAGGGAGGCAUUCUUUCUUGCUCCAGACGUUCCAGAACUAUAUAGUGAAUCAUCAAUAAUAUAAAAUUUCACUUAAAUCUUGUAUUAUCUUAGUACUGUAUUCGAUAGAAGCUAACUCAGCAGGGAUUUGGUGUAUUUUAGAUCUAAGUAUUUAUUUCCACUUUAAUGGAAAGCCUGCUUUCUUCUGACAUGUAAAUGUUUUAAGUCUGCUCCUUAAAUUCUUUACCAAAAUGUGUAAAGUUAAAUUAAAACCAUUUUAAGUGCCGUGCAAAUAGAACAGCCUUGUAUUUUAAAUAUUAUUUGUUCCCCAUCACCAGUGUAUACUGUAUAACUUGUAUAAUAUACUAUUUAUAUGCAUCACCUCUUAUUAAUAAAUAUAUAUUUUUACAAUCACA